UUAAGCAAUUCUAGUGAAGGUGUAAUGAAACUGGAACAUCUUUAUUCUCUCUUGUUAGACUUACUAAAAAGUAAACACUUCAAAGAAAAUGGCAAGUUCAAAGAAAUGUCCAUGGACCCGCGAAGAAGACAUGCGGCUAGUGAAUUAUAUCAGUAAACAUGGCAUUUGGAAUUGGAGCCAGAUGCCUAAACAUGCUGGUUUGUCAAGGACCGGGAAGAGUUGCAGACUGAGGUGGAUGAACUAUCUGGAUCCACGGGUGAAACGUGGUAACUACAGUGAAGAGGAAGAUGAAAUCAUAAUCAGCAUGCGUCAUGAUGGAGCAGGAUGGUCUUCAAUUGCAGAAAGUCUUCCCGGCCGAUCUGAUAAUGAAAUAAAAAAUCGAUGGCACAGCCGCCUCAGCAAACGGUUAGCCAGCGAUAUGGUGCAAAUCAUGAAACCAUAUAGGGAGCAAAUAGUAUCAGAUUUAAAAGCAAUGAUGAACAAUGACGACUCUCUCAUCCCAGAAGCUUCUCAAGUAGAAGUAGCAUGUGAAGACUACCCUCUUCCAUCACACAUCCUAAAUAUUGGUGGUUUAUCGAGCAAUAUUGCUCCUCCUACAUGUGCGGAUCCCCACAUACGUUUCUGGAGAGACCCAUAUUCCCUGGAAAACAUUUACGACACUGAUGAGUAUGCAACAUAUGCCUAUCCUGUAUUUGGAACGCCAAAGCUUCACGAUUGGUUCAGAGAGUCAUUCUAUCCAUAUUAUCAACAGUUAUGAAAUUUUGGUUGAUUCCCAGUCCAAUAUUUACACUUGGAAUGCGGAGAAAGGAAAGAAAUUCAGAUCCGCAUAUGGUAUUUUUAUUAUCACAUACAUAAACAGAUAUUGCUCAGCAUGAGAAAGCUUAGUGAAAACACUACACUGUAUUCUGUAUGAAAAAAUAUGGCACAGCUGGAUCAUGUUUUACUCGAGCUCUGAAAUGGCUUAUUUUCGGCAGUUUUUAUACUAUCUAGUAUCUUCCUGUUAAUGUUUCUUUGCAACAAUUUUAUACAACUAAGCAUCACCGUGCAUGACCUCCGUUAUAGUUUCAUGUUCAAAUGUUAAGAUUUAUUACUUGUCAUGUCU